CGCGUUCCCGCAUGCGGUCCGGAGCGCGCCGCAGUCCCGUGAUGCGACGGAACAGUGCGUAACCAUGACAACAGCGACAGCAGCAGCCGCAGGAGCAGCAGCCGUGCUUUUAUUCCUCCAGUGCACGGAGAUUUGAUCACACACACCCUCACACUCGCUCACACACACUCACACACAUACAUACGGACACUAACAGAAAAACACGCGCGCGCACAGACACACUCCAUCUUAAUGCCCUAGGAGCGGGACGGAACCGAGAGGACGGAACCGGGGACAGAAACAGGCAGGUGUGGACCGGAGGUUCUCGCGGCACAGGUGAUGGAAUAGGUGAUGUCUGAAGUACAGGGCACUGUGGAGUUUUCUGUGGAGCUGCACAAAUUUCACAAUGUGGAUCUCUUCCAGAGAGGGUUCUAUCAGGUGAGGGCGGGGCUGAGAGUGUCACCACAUGUUCCACACCGGUUUAUAACAACAACACCUGGACACACAGGCGAGUGCAGUUUCACCAAGGCUGGAGUGCAUGAUGGGGUUGUGUUCGGUCGGAUAUUUCAGAUCCUCUACAGGAACGAGGAGGUAUCGCUGGAGGACCGUGCCAUCUUUCGAGUCCACCUGCUGCUGGAUGGAGAGAGAGUGGAGGAAGCAUUGAAUGAAGUGGAUUUUCAACUGAAGCUCGACCUGCACUUCACUGAUGUGGAGCAACAGUUGGCUGAUGUCUCUUCAGUGCCAGUGAUCAGCAGUAGGACUCUGGGUCUUCAUUUCCACCCCCGCAGUGGCCUGCACCACCACCUUCCCGUCAUGUUCGACUACUUCCACCUGUCUGUCAUCUCCAUCACCAUCCACGCCUCUUUGGUGGCUCUACACCAACCACUAAUCAGUUUUGCACGCAGCAGUAAGGGGCCAUGGCUGGGGAAGGGAUCUCCAGACAGUGAGGGUCCACCUCCUAUGAUGUCAGUGGAGAACCUGAUGUUUGGAGCAGGAUACUGUAGACCUAUACUUACAGAGGGCAGUUUUUACGUGGCAUCAGAGAACUGCCUGCAGCGAGCUCACACGUGGCACAGGACACUCUGUCGCCUCCUGCUGGCUGCUUAUAAAGGACUGCACUUCUCCAUAACUAUGCUGAUGAAAGACAAUCCUCAGAUGCAGCGUUGUAAAAUAGAAGAGCUGCCUGUUGAGGAAACGCUGGACAAUCGGACCGUCGACUUACAGAAUGGUCAUGAGAAGGUAGCUGAGCAGAUCUCUCGUGACUUGUCUCAGCUGUGUUCCAGGCUUGCAUCCCUUUGGGCUCAGUUCAUUGAGGCUGCUGUUCCAAAUCCCCAGGUCCGCAGCUACCUCGCCCAGGAGCACCAUAAGCUCAGGGUCAGAAGAUUCUCUGAGGGCUACUUCUUCACUGAACAUCCCAAAGAGUCUUCACUCACCUUUCUGGAGGAGCUGAUCAGUAGGCAUGCUCAGGUGGCUGUGGACUUGAGGAAUUCAGAGUAUCUCAAUCUUAUGCCCCCUCUGCCGGUCGAGUGCCUCGACAUUGACGGUGAUUGGAACAGCCUUCCAAUCAUCUUUGAGGAUCGAUACGUGGAUGCACCCUGUUUAGAUUAUAAACCUCAUGUGCCAGAGGAGGCAAGCUUAAACAUUCAAAAAUCUAACAAUUUUGAUGAAACACGGAAUCAUUCCAUGUCUCCAUUCAAAAGGAGACCUCAAUCACCAGCAAUAAGCACUAAGGAUCCUACCUCUGAAGACUUAAUGGACCUACCCACCUACAUGACUCUAAUUGGAAGCGAGAAGGACAUUAAAAAAGAGGGAAAUACAGUUGAGUCAGAAAGUCUAGUUGGCUCUUUAGAUCAGAAUAGAUCAGAAUGUAUAGAAACAAGUGAAACCAAGUUCAGACCCAAGGUUGAAUCGAGUGCCGACGGUCAUCAGGAGAGCGAGGUCACCACAGAAAAAGAGCUGCCGGAACAGCAGACUGCUUUAAAGUGCAUAACUGUCAGACCCAAUGAUUCUGACCCAUACAAGGGGAAUGCGGUACUGAUCAUUCAGUCAAAAAGCAUUAAACCUACCAAUCUCAUGCUCCCGGUUAUGUCAAUGUAUUCGUCUGCAAAUUCCCAAAGCAGUAAUUCAGAGAUCCAAGACACCUCUGAGAAACAUAGCAGCAAGGGAGGUUUGAAGGACACUUGUACAGAAUCACCUGCACUUACCCAAGCAAAGAAUGCUGGUAGCGUUGAUACACUGUUGACUAAUUCUUCUAUAACAGACCGGUCAAUGACACCUCCACACAACGCCGACAUUCUGCCGCUGGACCACCCUUUUUCAGAAACGCCUCCGAAAGCUGGCUUUCUGGGCAAGUUAAAGAUAAUAAAACGUUCCUCCUCUGUAAUCUCUGACUCUGGCAUUGAAAGUGAACCCAGUUCUGUGGCCUGGCCCUUAGACAUUCGAUCCGGGGUUGCUGGAAGCCGUGACCCCUUGCACUUCUGCCGUCGACGGGUACACCGUAACUCCCUGGAGGGCCUUCAGACUGAGAGCCAUGGCAGCCUGCCCAGUGCUACCCAAGCCUCUUUAAGCUCAAUUAGCUCUUUGCCUUAUGAAGAUGAGGAUGAGGAACAACAAAGGCAACUCAACACACUCACCAAAUCUGCUUCUGCUCCACAGAUCAGCAGCCCUGACAGCAAUAAUGAUAAUGUAAUCCAGGACCCAAGUGAUCAUGAGAAGGUUGUUCUGGAGGCUUGUAGUCAGAUAAGAAACAAAACUGAAUGUGCCAAUGUGGACAGCAAACAGAACGUAUCUGAUCAGAUGUUUGAGGAGAUUCUGUUCAAACAGCGGGAGACUGAAGAUAUCGAAACUGACACUGGGUUAAGUAACAUCUCAGAACUAUUACUUUUUCACAAGUUUGCAAAAGAAAUGUCUAAUGCAACAAGUGAUACUGAUGAUGUAAAAGAAUGUACUGGUGUGCUGCAUGAUGGGGUUUCAAGCAUGCAUAGUGACAGUAAAUAUUGCGAACCCAAGGGUUCAAAUAUGAGUACUGAAAAUGAUUUCGAUACUCACGAUUGUGAUGCCAUUGGUUUCCAUGAUAUUCAACUAAGUGAGCGAGAGGAUGGGGAACUGGGGAAUAUCACAAGUGUACCAAACUAUGAAAACCAGAUCAGCCAAGAAAGCAGUACACCUUAUGACAUCAAGGACCUUCCAACCAAUGGACGAGAGCAUAAGGGGAAGGAAGGACAUUCAAAGACUUAUCAGGUGCCAAGUUCAGGCUUGGCAUUUAUGAAUAAGAAAGUGGUGGAGGUGGUUAAUUUGUCUGUUUCAUGUGCACCAACUUGCCUUCCCUUUUCGUCCGUUCUUCGUGACUCACCAUCUGUCAGUGGCCUCUCUGUCCGUCAGGCCAACUCUCCCAUUACCCAUCAGCCACUGGGGUCUUUUGGAAUCAUCUCAUCCUCUUCCUCCUCCCUCUGUUCGGAGCAGGAAAUUAGUGAGAGAAUGAUAAAUUUUUAUAAGGCUAAAGAGGCGUUCCUGGGGAAGUUAGCAUUCCGAGCGACUCUUUACAGCGAUCUUCCUCUCCUCGCAUCUGACCACCCAUACUUCCCACCUGAAGAGGACGAAGAGGAGUUUGGGGAUGGAAUUCAUCUGGUAGUGUGCGUCCAUGGGUUGGAUGGGAACAACGCAGACCUGCGUUUAGUGAAGACCUUCAUUGAACUCGGCCUGCCAGGGUCAAGGCUCGAUUUCCUCAUGUCUGAACGCAACCAGACGGACACGUUUGCAGAUUUUGACACAAUGACAGAUCGACUGCUGGAUGAGAUCAUUCAGCAUAUUCAGCUCUACAAUCUCACUGUGGGAAGAAUCAGUUUCAUCGGUCACUCUCUGGGUAACGUCAUCAUUCGCUCGGUGCUGACGAGGCCUCGAUUCCGCUGCUACCUCUGCAAACUGCACACGUUCCUGUCUCUGUCCGGCCCUCACCUCGGAACACUGUUCAACAGCAGCACGCUGGUUAGCACAGGUUUGUGGCUGAUGCAAAAGCUGAAGAAGUCUGGAUCCCUGCUUCAGCUCACCUUCAGGGAUCACGUGGACCCUCGGCAGACGUUCCUCUACGCGCUCAGCCAAAAACCUGGCCUGCAGUUUUUUAAGAAUGUGGUGCUGGUGGCGUCUCCUCAGGACCGGUACGUCCCUUUCCACUCAGCUCGUAUAGAGAUGUGCAGAAGCGCUCUGAAGGACAGGACCACAGGUCCUGUGUACACGGAGAUGAUAAACAACCUCCUGCGACCGCUGAUUGACGCUCCUCAGUGCCGUGUGAUCCGUCACAACGUGUUCCACGCCUUACCUAACACAGCUAACACGCUAAUCGGCCGAGCGGCUCACAUCGCUGUGCUCGACUCCGAGCUCUUCCUCGAGAAGUUCCUGCUUGUCGCCGGCCUUGAGUACUUCAAAUAGCUUCAAAUCACACGUCGCACAUUUCAGGGCUUUGCUACACUCACCGGCCAAUCGGCAGGUUUUUAGAGCCCUGUGAUAUGGCAACCAGCCAAUCAGAAAGGUCCAUGGCUGCUUACAGACAUCUAACAAGGAGAAGCAUCCGUCAGGCUACAAUCAGGGCUCAUCCUGUCUAAAAAGCCAAUCACUGGUUCUUCACUGUCCAAAUGCAGUGCUCUUAAAAAAAAUUUUGAGAUCGCGAAUCAAGCUAAAUUAGAUUACGCAUAAUAUCUCCCACCCAGUCUUUCUAAGACCGGAUCAGGAACUCACCAAUCAGAUGGAACUAUGGCUUUAGCCAAUCAGGCCACAACAGAACUCUUGACCACACUUAUUGACGAAAGGCCAAUCAGAUUACAGAAUCCCUCCACCAUCAGAAGGUCAAUUAAGAAAAUAAUAAACCCAACGGCAGCAGCCGACCAAUCAGAUUUGGCCAAAAUAAUAUAUAUAUAUGCAUACCUCACUAAUAAAUAUCUUUAUAACAUGUAGCAUCCAACUAAUCAGAUUUGACCCACUGAGCAAAUCUGAUAAAUGGGUCUCAUCUGCGUUAAACAGGCAAUUAGAUCAAGUUUUCUUGAAUAACCAAUCACAGAAGACUUUAGUGGCGUCUCAGCAAGAGCCAAACAUUUUUUAACGUUUUACGCUGACUUGAAUCAGACGAGAAUGUAGGAGGAGUCACAUGCUAUACUUAUAGAAAUGCUGUAUGCAUAUAUGUAUAUACGAAUGUACAUUGAUUAUAUAGUGAAGAAGUAUAUAGAGAUAUCAUAUUGAGUCUCAAGGGGGCAUCGUUGAGAAACAACUAACAGAGUAUUUCACUGUAAGCGCCGUUAUUUAUGUUCCAGGUCAUUGUACGUGCUACUGAGCGAAAUCAAAAUCAUCCCAGUAUCCCAGAUCAAAAGUAUCCCAAUGUUUAAUGUAUUUUCCGAGUGACGUAUCUGAGUAACAGACGUAUUCUUUUUUGUCGAUCUGCGAAAUUGUAAUAGUCUGUAACGACAUACCGAAGAAAGUAGGAAGCAGGAAACUCUACCUUUUACUGAAAAAAAUCCUUCCAAAAUGCAAAACUGAGAGGUUUUCAUUAGAUACUGUAUGAAAGCUAAUGUGUGUCCUGUAUUGUGUUGAUUGUUGUAUAAUUGUUACCAUUUUUUUAUUUUUUUUAAUGCUCCACCUGUGAACACAAUGUAGAGGGAUCUGAAUACAUCCUCUAAAUUUUUAACAACGAUAAAAGUCAAAGUAUGAUUUUAUCUGACUACAAAAGGUCACUCGCUGUCCAGGAACGCAAAUGUUAUUUGAAAUUGGCCGACAUGUAUACUCUCACUUAAUGGAUAAUCGUACCUCUCAUUGAGUGCCCUCACAUCGACACCUGUUUGUAAGAGAAACCAAAUGUUAAUAGUCAAAUUUCCAAGCUGUAUUUAUCCAUUGAAGCCUCACAGACAAAAUUAUAAAGUGCAACUGAAGCUAACAUCAGCUACAUCCACCAUAAAAUGUAGCAAAUGCAAAUAUUUAAACCCAUACCUGACACAUAACAUGAUCCAGUUAAUUGUUACCUCUGCCUUUUCUACAACUGCAUUAAUGGCAACUGUAGAAUGUCUCAAGGUUACUUAUGUAACCUUGGUUCUCUGAGGGAACAAGAUGCUGCGUCAACAACGCUUUGGGAAUGCUUCCGCAUUGUCCACACUCUGAAUCACGUGUGGAACCUUUCCAAUAGAAGGUAUGGCAUCACUGGCGGAGUGAUGUCACGACCAGGAAGCUUUAAAAAGUACAUGGAGUGAAGCUGGCGCAUGCUUCUGUAAGAAAAAGGACAACACAGCGUCUCAUUCCCUUGGGAAACCAGGGUUACAUAUGUAACCUAGAGACGUUCCCUUUCAGGAAGUCAAGCUGCGUCAACAACGCUUUGGGGCUGAGAAUCCAAUACUGCCAAACUGACCAGUCCCUGCCUAGUAUGUGGGGGCACAGCUAGGUCGAAGACAAAAGGGCCGGGAGUGGCACUGAGGUCAAGGUUAUAGAACCUGACAAAGGUCAGCGGGGAGGACCGGAACGCAGCGUUGCAGAUGUCAUGGAGCGAAACUCCAGAGGACCAAGCCUUAGAGGCUGCCACACUCUGGGUCGAGUGCGCUCUGACCCCAAAGGGAGUGGGGCGACCAGAGGACUCGUAAGAGGAUGCAAUUGCAUCAACAAUCCACCUGCUCAGCCUCUGCUUGUUCACAUGAAGGUUUCUCCUUGCAGCGCCAUAGCAGAUAAACAAUUGUUCCGACUUCCACCACGGACUCGUCUUGUGGACAUAAGUGUCCAGCGUUUGCCCCGGACACAGGAGGUUCAGCUUUUCCUGGUCUGGGGCCCUAAAAGGAGGAGGAUAGAAUUCUGGAGCCUAACAGGAUGACUGAGGGCACCUAAGAAAUUUAACCCUUUCUAGGGUACAGGAAGGCACUGGCCAUGCCUGGAGCAAAUUCCAGAAAAGAGGGGGCCACAGAAAGGGCCUGCAAAUCCCCUACUCUCUUAAAAGGGCUUCAAUAGAGCCUCCAACACAAUGGCCAAGUCCCACACAGGCACUUUAGGUCACACCGGAGACCUCAGCCUCUGGGUGCUGCAGAGAAAACGCGUCACUAGCAGGUCUCUGCUCAGUGAUUGCCCCGCUACCGGGGCACGAUACGUUGAAAUGGCAGAUGCGUAGACUUUAAGGGUGGAUGGCGCCAACAGCCACAGACUCCACAAUUCUGGGCGGGGGUGAACUAUUGCACCCCCUGCUUGAGAGAGGAGAUCCCUCCUGAGAGGAAGGUGCUCAAGAAGAGUUGAAAAUGACAGUCCUCAGAUCUGUCAUCUCAAAGGGCUUCGGCCCAGAGCGUCGCACAGGAUCCCUCGCGGGGAGAGUACUGCUCCCGAUGACGGGAGGUGCUGGGUUGUACUUGGGGCUGUUUCCGCCCAGCAGCCCCAUGAGAGCGACGUGGGAGGAACCGCUGAAACGCCGCCACCUGUCCUCAGUCGGGACUAGAAGGGCGUCCAGCAGCACGGCGAGCCAUAUGUGCCUUUCAAUGAAGGCUCGGGUGGCCAUAGACCUGCAAACAACCAUAGCAUUCUCUUUUAUGGCCCUGAGAGCUAAAUCCUUUGUAUGGCGGAGCUCUUGGACCUCCAGCAUGCACCAGCACCGACGUAUUAUGUAGGGGCUUAGGGGGCAAUGUCGGGGUCUUGAGGGACGAUGCAACACUUGGGGAAAGAUAACUGACCAGCGUCUCUUCAACCCGGGGCACAGACCCAUAACCACAUACUUUUAGUCCCAUAACGUUGGAGUACAACGCUGCUUUGGGACCAAAGAGGCAGGCCGAAUGUGGCUUUGCCCAGGACCUAGCAGACCCUGACGUAGAGGUUGUGAUGUGGGUUGCAGAAAGAGCUCUUUGAAGCUUCUUCCUUCACCCUUCUUUAAAAGUGCAUUGACAUGCAAACACAAUGUGCACAGUCAGCAGCCUCGAGAAACAACUUCACAUGCUCCGCUCCCAGGCAAGCCACACAUAGGCUGUGUGUAUCCCCCCAUAUUAUAGCUGGGGCAAGGAGGAACACACAGCCCAAAGGUGUGCUUUGUUUUCUAGCUUGCCUUCAUUUUUUUUUCACAUAUAUUGAACAAAAAUUAUGGACAGACAAUACACACAGAGCGCUUCAUGAACAGAAGCUAGUUUCGGCUUCAUUCCAUGUGCUAUUUAUAGCUUCCUGGUCAUAACGUCACCCCGCCGGGCUACAUAAGCUACACAAUACACAAGGACCACUGGAUUUCUUGGUUUGAAAGACAAUUUCGGUACUUUCCAGUGAGUCAAAUUGUCGAGUCGACUCUUGUGUAAUUGCUGUUUUGUUCCAGAGUAGCAAGUUUGACAAACAAUAGUUUGACUAGCAAAAAUCCCCACAAAGUAGCAAAACAUACUGACCAAGAUAACUAACAAUCAGCUUAGAUGAUCAAAAUCCAUAGAAACAUCUUUAUAACAUGCAAACUGAUGAUAUCAGACGGUAGAAAUGUGUCCCCACGUGAGGCAACCUCAAUAAGCAGCAGGGUUUUUCUUCAUCUGUAAACGUGUUUGCUCUGUACGUUAUAUGUAGCAAAGAUAUUCUUUAUCUAAUGUUGCAGAGGUAGCACUGAUUUUUUUUUUUUUUUUUUUAGCUUUUUGCUUUAGGAUAUUGUGUGUUUUCGGUGAAUGUAUUCCUACAUAUUUUGUUUUCAAAAGAAAAAAACAAGCUCAGAUUGAUUUGUUUGUCAGCCACACCUAUAUAUUUUUACCUUUUCCCAUCAAACAUUGUGUUUUUUUUAUUCAUAGUUAUGUCUGGAAAGCUACAUUAUAUGGAGAAAUCAUCUGACCAAAAGUUGCCAUGUGCUUUUUGAACAUCUAAUUCCACAUUGGGUCCCUAUUUACUCUUAUUAUAAGCUCCAUUCUUCUGGGAAGAUGUUCCAAUUAACUUUGAGGAGCUUUGUGCUCGUUCAAGGGUAUAGGUGAGGUGUGGAGGCCUGGGGAUCUUAACUAAGAUCUUCCAACCACUUUAAAUCACAUCUUCAUGAAGCUGAGGUGUAUUGUCAUGCUGAAACAGGUUUCUCCCAGUUAAAGUGAAUAUAUUUCAUGCUCCAGCAUUCAAAGGCAUCUUAUACAACUGGGUGCCUCCAACUCUGUAGGAAACACAUAUGGCUGAAAAACUGUUAGGUGCCCCAACACUUUGGUCCAAUGAAUUGUGCUAAUGAUUACAUGCCAAUAAAAGCACAACAUGAGCUGUUUCCUUACA